AUGUCAAUGCAAUGCCAACGUGUCACGCUCCCAUUCGCUGAGCCCAUGUCACGGCAGCAGCGCUCUCCAACCAGAAAAAAGACUUAUGCAUUCACAAAUUACAGGCAGAGAGAGAGAGAGAGUCACAGUCACAGAUCGAAACCCCAAAAGGGGAGUCUCACCGUGGCUUCUUCAGGUUCGCCGAGUUUGAGUCGAAGAAAACCCUCCAACUCUUCUGGUCCGUCGUCUUCCACAGAGCCGGGUCGGGUCGUGGGGCGAGUCACAGUACCCAGGCGGGCUUCGGAGCCUGAGUUUCCCUUCUGGCAACAGAACUGGUUCAUAGCAUUACUCUUUGUUAUGGCGAUGGGUUUCUUCUGCCUUGCUCUGUUCCUCAUUUUCGGCCUCGAUCUCGAUACAGGCUACGCUGCUUCCGCUUCUACCUCCGAGGGCGUCGAGGUGACGUACGGGACUGUGCUGAAGCUGAUGCACGAGAAGACUAAGUUUCGCCUGCAUUCCCACGACGUGCCGUAUGGUUCUGGUAGUGGUCAGCAGUCUGUCACUGGUUUUCCCAACGUUGACGAUGCAAAUAGCUACUGGAUUGUUAGACCUGAGCUCGAAACAGCUGCCAAGCAAGGUGAUAGCAUUCCAAGUGGGACAAUUAUCAGGUUGCAGCACAUGAAGACUAGGAAAUGGUUGCACAGCCAUUUGCAUGCCUCCCCCAUAACUGGCAACCAAGAGGUGAGCUGCUUUGGGGGAGAAUCUGAAUCUGAUACUGGUGAUCACUGGAGGGUUAUGAUUGAAGGGAGUGGGAAGACCUGGAAGCAGGAUCAGAGGGUUCGAAUUCAGCAUGUCGACACAGGUGUUUAUCUACAUAGUCAUGACAAGAAGUACACCCGCAUUGCUGGGGGACAGCAGGAGGUUUGCGCUGUCAGAGAAAAACGCGCGGACAAUGUUUGGUUGGCAGCCGAAGGCGUGUACCUCCCGGUCGCUGAAACCAAGUAG